GCAUCUCCAGACAUGGUCAGUGCACUAUUAGUGGGCUGCAUCGCUCUCGUGUCCGUCAAAAGCGCUCAGACUAUCAGUUUGGAUCAAUCCUCGAGAGAUGAUUUAGAGAUCAAGUCGUUUAACUCCCCUUCCAGUCAUCGGGGAAAAUUCUUCCCACUGUUCAGCGUCGUGCGUUUCGCUAACUCCGAGUGCCUGUCGAGCAUCGAUCAGCUUAAAGGCACGUGCUUCACACGGCGGGAGUGCAUUAAUUACGGCGGCAACCCAUCGGGACCAUGCGCUAACGGAUUGGGCACUUGCUGCGUGUUUCAAAAGUCCUGCGGCUCCACCACCAACAUGAACAACACGUACUUCGUAAGCCCGAGAUAUCCCAUCACUUAUCAAGGUGGAGAACGGUGCACGAUCACGGUGCAGCGCUGUAAUUCCAACAUAUGUCAGUUACGCCUAGACUUUCUGGAGGCCACCUGGGCCCAACCCAAUGCAACUGGAUUUUGCGACUUGGACGUGUUUCUGGUGUCGGGAGGUUCGUCCACGGUGCCCCGAAUAUGCGGCGAGAACACCAACCAGCACGUGUACGUCGACUUCAACGGGGCGACGCCGAUCACGAUAUCCGUCGACACCAACGCGGACUACGCGUUCGAUCGACGCUGGAAUAUAAUGAUUCAACAAAUAGCGUGCGAUUCCGUGUGCAGAGCUCCUAACGGGUGCUUGCAAUACUACAAGACUGUCUCCGGCGCCGUAAUGAGCUUCAACUUUGGCACCACGGAAAACGUACGAGCCCCUCAGAUCGGAACGCGGCAGAUGGUGAAUCAUCGUUACGGCGUGUGCGUCAGGAUGGCCUUGGGAUACUGCAGUAUCGAGUGGUCGCAAGUCGAUAGAUUCUCCUUUUCCGUCUCCGGAGACACGGGGUCGUUUGAUCCAGACAUAAUAGGCACAGACUUGGUGGCGGAAUCCGGGGCCAGUUGCAUCAACGACUUCGUCAUCGUGCCAGAUCCGCGUGAAAAUGGCGGUUCCGUUAAUACAGACAGAUUUUGCGGAAAUGGUUUCGUAACUAAAACAUCGAACUUGAAACCAUUCGUACUCUAUGUCGUUACAAACGGCGACGAGAUGCAAGAGGCCCAGAACAAAGGCUUCAGACUUAUGUUUCGUCAGCUGGCUUGCGCAGCUUAAGUAUAUCCUUGCGAGUAUGGAUUUCCUCUGCCUACUUUAUUAUGUAAAUAAAUAACUCUAUACACGUGGGAAUCAAUGU